ACUAUUCCUUCGAAAAGAAUGUACUAUUUACAAUAUGAUUGUCUUGUGGACAGAUCAAGUGAAAAAUACUAAUUUCAUCCCUCUUUUUGUUUUCUGUCUUUUUCCGGUCAUGAUGGUAAACCAAGAACCGCCAACAAAGCAAAGUGUCAUCAGUCCAAAACUGGAAUCUGUCAACACACCUACCAGGCAUUCAGUGUCAUCUGACAAGUCCUUACCAGAGGGAACUGACUCAGGAGAUAAUGUGGAUUCUGGCCAAUUCACUGGUGAAGGAAUAAUGGAGGAUGAUAUUGAGAAAAGGGUUCAUGUGAAUGAAGAUGGCAGUUUGUCUAUGGAAAUGAAAGUACGCUUCCGUCUACAAAAUGACAACACUAUAGAAUGGUCGACUCAAGUUAGAAAGACAACAGGCAGGACCUGUGAUUACCUCCAAGGACAUAAUAGUCCUUAUUUUGCACAAGUUAGUGAUAGAAGCUGUUCAGAAUCUGAAAACAUCUCUGCUGAUGAGCAAGAAGAGGCGUAUAUCCACAGACGCCAUCAAAGACAUAUAGAGGAGCCACACUGUCCUCAGUGCUGCAGUCACUGUCAAGAUUAUGACAUCUGGCAAAACAUCAAAGGUACACAUGGAGCAAAUCGCCACAUUCGAACAUCCAGCUCAAGUGCAUCCUCACAUACAGUGGUCUCUAGAAAGACAGUGGUCGAAAGACAAACUAUGUCGAGGUCAAGUGAAGAAAAUUCUGAACAAUUUGUGGAGAGAGAAACUUGUGUGAAGCAGACUGUUGAGGAAGCUGAAAUGUUUGAGUAUUGCACUACCAGGAGUAAAACUUGCUCACCAAGAUGCAAGGCUCAAUCCCCUGAACUGGACAACUUAGAGAUAUGUGUUGACAGUUCUACAAAUGAUCAGGCCAAUGACCAAACUGCUCAAACAUCAGAGCAAGAUGCGCAAACAGAAUCUGCUCUUUGUGCUUCUUCUGAAGUUUUAUCUGGUAUUGAGGAGGAUGAAAAUGAUGAUGUCCCACUUAGUGUUUCAAGAGCAUCUUCUCAGAGAAGUAGACCUGGCAGGGAAGAGACAAUCGGGAGUGCAGAGUUGGAAACAGGAUCGCCAUUGCAUCAUUCAUCCCAGAGCUCGACCAGUAAGGCAUCAAAUGCCUCAGGGAACUCCAGCAGGUCAAAAAGAUCCAAGAAAUCAUACACUUGUAAAUGUGUAGUGUCUAGUGAUCCUGAGGGUGAUAUUAAAAUAAAUGACAAUGCCCGCGCUGAAGAAGAACAUGAGAUUCAAAGAGAUCAAUCAAGUGCCAUGUCUGUCAAAUCAAAUGCCACUGGCAGAUUAGAUAAGUCUGACGUACAGAUUACAAAUUCUGAAGACCAAGAGGAGAAAAGACCCAAAAGUGCCAUGUCAGUUCAUUCAAAUGCCUCCACAAAAUGUAAUUCUCAUGUUGUGGAUGUUGCAGCUGAAGAAUUGCAAACAUAUGACGAUGGUGAAACUCCUAAAAGGCCAAGAAGUAACUUGUCUGUUAAAUCCUCCAAAUCUGAGAAAUCAAUGAAGUCAGAAGUAGCAGCUGAACAACAAGAAUCAGAGGAAAGAGUUGUUGAGGAAAGAGUCUUAAGCUCUAUGUCUUCAAAAUCCAAAUCAUCAAUUAAGUCAAAGGGAUCAAGAGUUCCGUCUCUCCUAGAUAAAGAACAAGAUGAGAAGGAAACAGAACAAAGGACACCCAGCUCAAUGUCAGCUACAUCAGUAUCUGCACAGGAAAGCAUUCCGAAUCCAGCUCAAGAAACGGAGACAGAAGCCGAACAGAGAGCACAAAGCUCAAUGUCUGUGAGGUCAAAUGUUUCUGUAAAAUCUAAUAAGUCAACAACAUCUGAAUCUCCACCUCAAGAAACAUCAGAGGAAAAAUGUGCAGCAUCAGAGUCACAAGAUGCUGAUGAAAAUGUUGAGCAAGAAGAAGCUGAGGAGUCUGGAGAAAAUCCAAAAAGAGUGCCAAGUGUUAUGUCAACUAAGUCCAAUACCUCUGCAAGAUCAAAUCAUUCAAAUAAGUCUAAUAUUCAAGACGAGGAAAAUGCUAAAGGAUCUACUCAAGAGAGAGCAUCUACUGCCAUGUCAGCAAAAUCAUCAAAGUCUAAAGCCUCUGAAAUUGCAUUGCAACAACAUUCUGACGAAGUGCAAGAUAUCGACGCAAGAACACCCAGUCCUUUGUCAGAAGUGACAUCAGAUAAAGCUGACAGUGAAGAGGAGGAAGUGGAAACUGUUGAAAGGGCUGCAAGUACCAAGUCAGCAAAAUCCAUGAAGUCAGAUACAUCUGCAAGGUCCAGAAAAUCAGAAAAAACAAAUGCAUCGGAAGAAUCAAUAGGCUCGGAUCGUUCAGCUGAGGACAAAGAGGCUGAAAAUGAAGAAAGUGGAAGAGCAUCUAGUGCCAUGUCAUCAAGGUCUAUCAAAUCAGAUGCAUCUGCAACCUCUAGAAAGUCCAAAUGCUGCGAUGAUAUUAAAGUAAAUGCAGAUGAAGAACAAAUGGAGAGAACAACAAGUGCUAUGUCAGUUAAAUCUAAAGCAUCUACAAGAUCAAGACAAUCAAAGAUGUCUGAACGUCAUGCUAGAACAAGCUUUGACAUUUCAGGUGAUGGGAAUGAAGGGGAAGGUGAAGAAAGACCACAAAGCAAAAUGUCAAUUAAGUCAGAAAAGUCAAAUAUUUCUGCAGAAUCUAGCAAAUCUAAAUCAUCCGAAAUCCCAAAUGAGGAAAGUCCUGAAGACAAUGCAGCAAGUUGCAAAGAUGAUGUUGAGGAAACAGUUAGCUCCUGUGAUGUUUCAGCUGAGCAGAACCCUGUUGAACAUGAUGAAACUGAAGAGAGAGCAUCUAGCGUGAUUUCAGAAAAGUCAUGUAAAUCAAAAUCCUCUGCAGUAUCUAAAGAAUCUAAAGGAAAGUCUGACGAAAACAGUGAUGAUGAUGAGGAAAUUACAGAAAGACCGCAAAGUGAAAUGUCAGCACAAAGCGCAAAGUCAAAAGCCUCUGCAGUAUCUACAAAAUCUAAGGCUUCUGAUAUUCCUCCCCAACAUGAUGAUGACAUGUGUGAUGAAGGAGAUACUGAACAGAAAAACAGUGAUCCCCAAAGAUCGCUGAGUUGCAUGUCAGAUAAAUCCCACAAAUCAACCGUUUCCGCAAGAUCAAGUAGGUCAAAAUGCUAUAGCGUUUCAGACAAAGAAAAUAUUAAUGAAAAUGAGGAAGACAGGGUACCUAGUGCAAUGUCAAUAAAGUCAGCAAAGUCAGAUGUGUCAGCCAAAUCAACACAUUCAAUUAAUUCUGCCAAAUCUGAUACUUCAAAACACAGUUGUGUUUUAGCUGAAGAAAAUUCUGCUGCUCAUACAGAAAAUGGCGAAAUACCUCCCAGCAAUAUGUCAACUGCCUCUGAAAAAUCUAUGAAGUCCAAUGCUUCAGUAUCUGGGAAAUCAAGAAGUUCUGAAAAACCUUCUGACAACUGUAGUGAGGAUUCUGAAGAAGACGCUGAAGGGAGAUCAAUGAGCUCAAUGUCAAUACGUUCAGUUCAGUCAAGCGUUUCUAUAAGAUCCAAUAGGUCAAAAUGUUCUGCUCGAGUCCUAGCUGAAGACAGCACUGAAAGCCCUAAUGAUGAAAAUGACAAAGAGCAACCUGAAGGAAGAGCACCAAGCUGCAUUUCUGUCAAGUCAGUCCUGUCACAUGUUUCAGGAAUAUCUAUAAAAACUGCAGAGAGAGCACCUAGUGCACUGUCAGCUAAAUCAGGAAAGUCAAAUGCUUCUAUCAAAUCAAUUAAAUCAGAAGCUUCAGAAAUGUGUUCUGACAAUAAUACUAAUAUCCCUGAUGGAGACGGUGAAGAGGAAACCCAAGAGAGAACACAGAGUGCAAUGUCAUCCAAAACUGCAAAGUCAAAUAUAUCUUCAAAAUCUUCUAAGUCAAAAGGGGUUGAUGGUGCAGCUGAAGAAAAUACAGCUGACAACAAGGAAGAUGCAGAAAGGACUCCAAGUAAUAUGUCAGUCAGAUCAAGCAAAUCAGUUAAAUCAAAUGUUUCCCGGACAUCUAAAAAAUCCAAAGUUUCUGAAGCCCACUUGGAAGAUUGUGUUGACAAUCCUGAGGAAGAAAUUGAUGAAGGGGAGGUUGAAGGGAGAGCAGUGAGUUCAAUGUCAGCCCGGUCAGUGCAGUCAAAUGCUUCUGCAGUUUCAAAUAAGUCAAAAUGUUCUGCUAAUGCUUCAGUAGGGAAAAGUUGUGAUGACGAGCAAAAUGAAGAAAGAGCACCAAGCUGCAUGUCUGCCAAAUCGGUCCAGUCACAUGUUUCUGAAAUUUCUAUUAAGUCUAAAGAGAGAGCACCUAGUGCUUUUUCAGCUAAAUCAGCAAAGUCUCAAGCUUCUACAAAAUCUAUCAGAUCAGAAGCUCCUGAAGUUCAUUGUGACAAAACUACCAAAAUUUCUGAUGAAGAUGCUGAAGAAGAAACUCCAGAGAGAACACAAAGUUCUCUUUCAGCUAAGUCAGCAAAGUCACAUACAUCAACAAAAUCAAUGAAAUCAAAUGCUUCUGAUGUAUGUUCAGGCAAAGCUAAUCCUACUCCAGAUAUAGGAGAUGAUGAAGAGCAAACUCAGGAGAGGGUGCAAAGCGCACUGUCAGACAAAACUGAACGGUCAGCUAUCUCUGUAAAAUCAUGUAGAUCAAAAGGGGUUGAUGGUCCAGCUGAAGAAAAUCAGUCUGAUCAUGAUGAAGAUGCAGUGAGGACUCCCAGUAAUUUGUCAGUCAGAUCAUGCAAAUCGGUUAGAUCAAAUGCUUCAAAGGCAUCAAAAAGAUCCAAAGCUUCAGAAGUGAACUUGGAAGAUUGUGUUGACAAUCCUGAGGAAAGAAUAGUUGAGGCUGAGGGUGAUGGAAGAACCAUGACCCCAAUGUCAGCGCGAUCAGUACAGUCGAAUAUUUCCGCAAGAUCAAAUAAGUCAAAAUGUUCUGCUGGUCAGCCAGCAGAGGAGUAUUUUGAGAGUCAUGAUGAAGUAAAUGACCCAGAGCAAAAUGAGGAAAGAGCAGCAAGCUGCAUGUCAUCCAAAUCAAAUCAGUCACAUGUUUCUGAAAUUUCUAUUAAGUCUACAGAGAGAGCACCUAGUGCUUUUUCAGCUAAAUCAGCAAAGUCUCAAGCUUCUACAAAAUCUAUCAGAUCAGAAGCUCCUGAAAUUCAUUGUGACAAAACUACUGAAAUUUCUGAUGAAGAUGCUGAAGAAGAAACUCCAGCAAGAACACAAAGUUCUCUUUCAGCUAAGUCAGCAAAGUCACAUACAUCAACAAAAUCAAUGAAAUCAAAUGCUUCUGAUGUAUGUUCAGGCAAAGCUAAUCCUACUCCAGAUAUAGGAGACGAUGAAGAGCAAACUCAGGAGAGGGUGCAAAGCGCACUGUCAGACAAAACUGAACGGUCAGCUAUCUCUGCAAAAUCCUAUAGAUCAAAAGGGGUUGAUGGUCCAGCUGAAGAAAAUCAGUCUGAUCAUGAUGAAGAUGCAGUGAGGACUCCCAGUAAUUUGUCAGUCAGAUCAUGCAAAUCGGUUAGAUCAAAUGUUUCAAAGGCAUCGAAAAGAUCCAAAGUUUCAGAAGUGAACUUGGAAGAUUGUGUUGACAAUCCUGAGGAAAGAAUAGUUGAGGCUGAGGGUGAUGGAAGAACCAUGACCCCAAUGUCAGCGCGAUCAGUACAAUCGAAUAUUUCCGCAAGAUCAAAUAAGUCAAAAUGUUCUGCUGGUCAGCCGGCAGAGGAGCAUUUUGAGAGUCAUGAUGAAGUAAAUGACCCAGAGCAAAAUGAGGAAAGAGCAGCAAGCUGCAUGUCAUCCAAAUCAAAUCAGUCACAUGUUUCUGAAAUGUCUAUUAGGUCUGGAGAGAGAGCAUCAAGUGCUUUGUCCGGCAAAUCAGUAAAGUCCCACGCUUCCACAAAACCAAUCAAAUUAGAAGCUUCUGAAGUGUCUUCAGACAAAACUGCUGACAACCCUGAGGAAGUAGAUGUUGAAGAGGAAACUGAAGAGAGAGCACCUAGUGCUUUGUCAGCUAAAUCGGCAAAGUCACAUCUAUCCACAAAAUCGAUCAAAUCAAACGCUUCUGAAGUUUGUUCUUGCAAAGCUGCAUCCAAUCCUGGUGAAGUAGAUGAUGAAGACCAAACUCAGGAGAGAGCACAGAGCACCAUGUCAGCCAAAAGCAAAAAGUCAACUAGAUCUUCAAAAGCGUCUACAUUAAAAGGGAUGGAUGAGCCAGCUGAAGAAAACACAGCUAGUGCUGAGAGGAGUCCAAGUAAUAUGUCAGUCAGAUCAAGCAAAUCAGUUAAGUCAAAUGUUUCAUCGGCAUCUAAAAGAUCCAAAGUUUCAGAGGCACCCUUGGAAGAUUGUGUUGACAAUCCUGAGGAAGAAAUUGCUGAGGGGGAGGCUGAGGGGAGAGCAGCAAGCUCAAUGUCAGCCCGCUCAGUGAAAUCAAAUGUUUCUGAAGGAUCAAAAAAGUCUGAAUGUUUAGAUGAUGAUUCAGCAGAAGUACAUCUUGAAAGUCCAAAUGAAAGAAAUGACAAUGAGCAAAAUGAAGAAAGAGCACCAAGCUGCAUGUCAGCCAAAUCAGUCCAAUCACAUGUUUCUGAAAUUUCUAUUAAGUCUAGAGAGAGAGCACCUAGUGCUUUGUCAGCUAAAUCAGCAAAGUCACAGGCUUCUAAAAAAUCUAUCAGAUCAGAACCAGUAGAAGUAAGAUUUAAGAAACCCACUGAUGGUGAAGAAGAACCGGAAGAGAGAACAGCAAGUGCCAUGUCAUCCAAAACUGCAAAGUCAACUAUUUCUAAAAAAUCUACCAAUUCAAAAGAUAUAGAUUUCUCAGCAGAAGAAAUCACAGCAGAUCACGAUAAGGAUGCAGAGAGCAGCCAAUCAACAGCCUCAAAAAGUUGUUCCCAUCACACUGCUGAUACCACUGCAAAUGCAAACGAAGAUGAGCAAAGCAGAUCAGAAAGUUCACUGUCAGCCCACUCAGUCCAGUCAAAUGGUUCUGCUUCUAAAGACCCCCCUAAUACUAAUAUUCCUAAUAGUAGAAAUGAUGAUGAGGAAAUCCAUGAUAGGGCAGGAAGUGCAAUGUCUAUGAAGUCAAAUAUAUCUGCAAAAACAAACAAAUCAAAAUUAUCAGUUUCCUUUUCUGAAGUGAAUACCGUUGCAGAACACAAAGGGAGAGUGAGUUCAAUGUCAGCUCAGUCUGUCAAGUCAGUUCUUUCUGUUAAAUCAAAAAAGUCCAAAUGCUCUGAUGGUCCAGCUAAAGAAACCCUUGAGGACCCAAAUGAAGAUGAACAGCAAAUUGAAGAAAGACCACCAAGCUCCAAAUCAGUCAAAUCAACACAGUCUCAUAUUUCUGAAAGAUCUAUUGAGUCACAAACCUCUGGUGCUUCAAAUGUGGCUGAACAUGAAGAAAUUACAGGAAGAGCCCCUAGUGCACAGUCAGCAAAAUCCAAAAAAUCCAAUGCUUGUGAAGUAUGUUCUGUCAAAUCUACUGACAUUUCUGGUGAAGAAGAAACUCAAGAGAGAGCCAAAUCCAACAUGUCAUUAAAAUCAAAUGAAGAAAGUAAAGAAAGAGCACCGAGUUGCAUGUCCACUAAAUCAGUCAAAUCAAAUGUUUCUGUAAAAUCUCUGACUUUGAAAGAAGAAACUGCAAAUGCUGAAGAAACAACAAUUGAGCGAGUACCAAGUGCAAUGUCUGAGAAAUCAAAUUCUGAAAAUGAUCCAGAGGAACCUUCAGAGGCAGAAACUGAGGAGAGAGCCCCAAGUAACAUGUCUACCAAAUCAGGAAAAUCAGAUAUUUCUGUUUCAUCAAAGAGUUCAAAAGCAUGUGAAGUCCCUUCUGAAGAAAACACUGCAAAUGACAGACAGGAACCCGAACAGAGACCACUAAGCACCCUUUCAGCUAAAUCAGCUAGCUCUGCCAAAUCAACACAAUCAAAUAUUUCAGCAAAGUCUCAUAAUUCAAACACUUCUAUUGCCCCCAAAGAAAAUCAUGAGGAACAUCGGGCAUCAAGCUCUACUUCAGUCAGAUCAGCCAGGUCCGAUGCUUCAGCAGUAUCAAAGACAUCAAAGGCUUCCGAGGUACCUGCAGAAGAUGGUGCAAACACUACUAAUGAAAACAUAGAGCAAGAUUCUGAGGCAACAGCAGGUAGCUCAGUGUCUGUGAAAUCUGGGAAGUCAAAUGUAACAUCUGCAUCGACAAAAUCUAAAGCAUCUCAAAAUUCUCAUAACUUAUUAAAUGAGGAUGAUCAUAGAAACAACGCUGAAAAGAGAGCACAAAGUGCUGUGUCCAAUACAUCAUUGGUGUCCACUGGAAAGUCAAGUCAGAAAAGCACUGACAUUUCAGCAGAAGAUAGUGUAGUCGAUUCUGAGAAGAUCGAUGAUAGAGCACCGAGUACCAUGUCAAUUCAAUCAGCAAAGUCAAAAACAUCUAGGAAAUCAGAGAAGUCAAAGGUAUCUGGGAAGGAGAAGAGAACACUGAGCCCUGUGUCAGCAAAAUGUGAUCAUUGUGAAAUGUUAGGCAGAUCUGCAGUCCCAGAAGUGACAGUUGAGGAAAUCGAAGACCGAGCACCAACUGGGAUGUCCUCAAAGUCUAAGGUUUCUGCACGUUCAAAUAAGUCAGCAACUUCAAUGGCUAAAGAAAAGAAUAAAGAAGCACGGUCACAAAGUUCUUUAUCCGUCAAGUCAAAUCUGUCUAUGAAAUCUCGAAAAUCAAAAACCGCAGACAUUUUAAUGAAUGCAAAUGAGGACACAGCUAUUGAUGUUCUGGCUACAAUUGAAGCAGUGGACCAUGAAGACGACAGUAAACCCACAUCUAGUUUGCAUGAAGAGGAGGAACAGCAAGAUACAACCGAUAGGAGGAGUUGUAAUUCUAAAACAAGCAAGUCAAGCAGGAAAGAAAUAAAAAAUGCAAUUGCAGAGGUUAUUUCCAAGCCAAAUUCUGGUGCAAAUUCCUCUGUUUCAGAAACCUGUCAGAGUGCACAACAACCAAAAGGAAACAAAGAGCAUGUGAUUAGUCACACUGAGUCACAUGAAAGUGAUAUGUCACAAACGCUUUCCAGUUCAGAUGUUGUCAAAGACGUUUAUGAGACUCCAGCAAAUGGAGGAAACAGUGUUUCUAAGAGGACAGCAAAUGGUCCAUUGAAAGCUGCAGAAAUCAGUGAAAGUGUUACUGAUAACAAAAGUGACAAAAGCAGCAAAUGCAUACACAGGGCCGCAAAUGAUGUGGAAUUUGAUCUGGUCCCCUCUAGCCUACCAAAUGCAUCUCCUACAGAGGUUGUGAAUGAAUGGCUGAAAACAAUACCCGCAGAUAGUGAUAUGUAUGACAUGGAUGAAUUUCCGGAAAACUGUGAUGGACAAAAUAAUGACAAAACAACAGAGGAUUUUAUGAGAACCGAGGAUACUGACAACAAUGCUAAAUCUGCAGCUGAAAAUGUAAAUGACACAAAUGAAGGCGAUGUGAUGAACUGCACUGCUGAUGAUAACAGCCAACAAAGUAAAGAUAUGACGAAUGCAGAUAAUACCUGUCCUCAGAGAGAUGACGCCUCAAAAAUAUUUCCCUCCUCUGUUCAAGUGAUGAAAGUACUACUUAGUCCAAAGCUUGACAGAUGUAACAGUUUACCAGAGAUUUCUCAAGUGUAUGGGCGUAAACUAAGCACUUCAGCCAGAGGUCUUCUGGAUUGCCUAGUGAAGUUGCAGUUAAUAGACCAUGAUCCUCAAAAUGCAAAUGAAAAUGAUGAAAGAUACCAAGAGCUUAUGAAUAUACUUAAGUCUCUUUGGCUUUGCGAUCUUCCUGAACAUAAACAUGUGAUAAAGAAGAAUGAUCAUCAAUCUGUGGACGGAGAUUUCAAUCAUACAUCAUCCUCUGGUGUUGAUGUCAACAGUGGCUCCACGGGCUCUGGGAAGAGUAGUGAUGGUGUGAAUGGGGAUGUCUCCAAGCCACAUACCACUGCAGAUAUGUUAAACAAAGUACAAGAAGUCUGUGAAGAUGAAGCAAAUGAAGAUGCUCAAUGUACAUGUGAGAAAGAGGAAGAAAUGUGCGAGGAACAACAACAUGAAGACGGCCAAGCAACAGAUGAAACCAUCAGAAGCAAUGAUAGUCCAAGGGAACUACCUGAAACACCACCCUCCUCAAACAAGAGUUCAGGACAUGACAGCAAUGGUCCAAAACUUACAGAGGAGGUUGAAACCCAAGCGAACAUAAAGUCUAACUCUCCUCCCCUUAUUCAAAGAGCACAGUUAGCCAAAAGGAUUUCGCAAGAUCCGGAUCCCGUCUGGGUCUUACACUUACUCACAAAAAUUGAAAAGCAGUUCAUGACUCAUUAUAUCAAUGCCAUGAAUGAGUUCAAAGGCAAAUGGAACUUGGAUGAUAAUGAACAGCUUGACAUGAUGAUAAGUGAACUUAAAGUUGAGGUCCAAAAAAGAAUCCAAACAAGCAUAGACAGAGAACUGAGAAAAAUUCAAGGUCGAGCAGGCCUACCGAGACCUCCUAAAGAAGCGAUGACUCGUGCUUCAACAACGCAAACUGAAGAGAGAAGGAUGAGGCUAAAGGUAAUGGUCAAACAAUCAAUUGAUCCCCAAGCAGAUAAAAGUUAUGACUCAUCAUUUAGUGACCAGCGCAGUGAAAAUUAUGAUUACUGUCCGUGUGAAACAUGUAUACAGAGAAAAAUGGCAUCUCAGCCAGAUCCAACACAUACGAGUACUGCACCUGUUGUGAUGGCCUUUGAUCUGAAAAGGAUUUUGCUGAUGAAGAAUGGAGACCCCUGCAAUACACAGGAAAAUUACAACGACACAAAGAUAGCAGAAACCCUCGUAGAAAAAGUCCUCAUCAACGCUGUAAGAGAAGUGGAAGGGGAUGAAGUAUACUCUGAAACAGAUUAUGAUCUUGAAGUUGCAGCAGAUGAAAAAGAAGAGAAUCUUGCUCAUGCAGAUGAUAAUGAGGAACAAAGCAAAACAGAACCCGAAUGGGCAACAACUGAUCAUGCAGAUGAUACACUGGAGAAUGAUGCCACCACUAUCACAUGUAACGAGUGCCAGGAAAGUGAGGAAGAAAUUUCAGCUAAGGAUUCUGAUGAGUUUAAGGAACAGACUGGUACCGCCAUCGCUGCUGAAGAUAUCAAUGUGGCAGAAGAGAAUUAUGGGGAGACCACACUUGAAAACAAAUCUGGUGAAAACGAGGCUGUGGAAACAGGGACAGUUUAUGUGGAAGAAAUGAUUGCUACCACCAGCGAAGAAGAAAUGAAAGAAGAGAUUGCUGAAGAAGAAAUUGCAACUGAAGAUAAUCCUGUGUCCACCCUAGCUAAGCAUGAGUCAGACAAAGAUGAAAGUGUACAAGAAGGGUCACUCUGUGAUGAGGAGAUUCCUGCAGAUGAUUCUGCAAAUGAAGGCAACAACCUAGCUUCAGCUGAUGAGUCAUCAAAGGAGCAAGUUGAAGAAACAACAAAUGAAGACAAGAUGGAUGUAGAAGCGAUUGAUGUCACGAAUGAAGAUGACUCAAAGGAAGAUAUAGCAGAGGAAGCAACAGCAGAGGCAGCUUUGGAAGCCAUGACUGACCAUGAAUCAGACAAAGCUGAGGAUGUGGAGACAGAGGCAGUUGAACAAGAAGAAGAGAUUGCUGCAACUAGUGAAAAUGAAAUAGAGGAAGAGCCCAGUGAAGCCACCACGGCCACAUGUGAUCUGGUAUCCACUGCAAAACAUGACACUGAUACAGAAAUGGCUGAAGACGUAGAUGCAGUUGAUGAUGAAGAAGGGCUUGCUUCUACUGCUGCAGAUGAAUCUACCAAUGAGGAAAAUGAGACAACAGCUGAAGAAUUGUUAAAUGAAGAAACUGAUAAGACAACUGAAGAUGAGAUUGCCGUAGAGAAAGAGAUUAAAUGUGAAGAUGAAACAAAGGAAGACACUACUGAAGAUGAAAAUGCAGCAGAAAUUGUGGCAGACACAACUGAACAUGAAUCCAAAGAAGAAGGAGAAUCUGCAGACGAAGAAAAGGCACCUGAGGACCUUGGCGAGACUGCUCCAACCAGUGCUGUUGGGUCUGCUGAUAGUCCAUAUGAAGCCAGAAUGGAAGAAGAAACAGCAGAGGAAAAUGAUGCCACGUCUGAUAAAUUGACACGGGAAGGUUCUGAAGAAGCAACCCUAGAAGAUGACCUCGAAAAGGCAACUGCUGAUACUAAUGAGAAUGAACUUGAGGAAAAGGCUGCUGAAAACACUACAGCUGAAGAUGAAAAUGCAGAGGAGACUAUGAUAGCAGUUACAAGUGAACAUGAAUCAGACAAAGAGGCUACUGAAGAAGAGAUAAGCAAUGACCAAGGAAAGCUUGCCUCUACCAGUGUAGAUUUAUGUGAGGAUGAUAAUAAUGAUGAGGCCAUAGCCAAAGAAUCAUUAGAACUGGCAGAUGAAGAAGAAUCAAAUGUAGAGAGUGCUGGGGAGGCUGAUGUUGGAGCUACAUCUGAACAAGAAUCUGAAAAAGAUACGUUGGAAAACACCAGUGCAGAUGAGUCUGGCGCUAGUGACAUAGAAACAACUGAAAAAGCCACAACUGAAGAUGAGGUUAUUGAAGAUAAGGAGAUUGCUGCCACCAGCGAAGAUGAUGAAGCUGUCGAAGGCACAAGUGCAGAUGAGGCCCUGGAAGCAGGGACAAUUGAAGACGAGGCUGCUGAGGUUGAGGAGAUUGCUGCCAUGAGCGAAGAAGAAAUGGAAGAAGGAGAUGUUGAAGCCACCCAAGUCACAGUGGGAAGUGAAGAAGUGGUAGCCACAACUGAAAAUGAAUCAGAUGUAGAGGACACUGCAGAAGCAGGGAUGGCUGACGAUAAUGAAGAGACAGCUGCCACCAGUGAUGAUGAUUCAACUGAAGCAGCAACAACAGAGGGUGAGACUGCUACAGAAAAAGAGAUGGAUGUCACAAGUGAAGAUGACUUAAAAGAAGAAAUGGCAGAAGCCACCAAAGUUGAAGAAAACACUGCAGAGAAGUCUGAUGUGGCAGCCAAAACUCAAGAUGAAUCAAGCAAUGAUGAGGUUGUUGAAGAAGGGAUUGGCGAGGAUGCUGUCACUAAUGAUGAAAGUGAAACUGCCGAUAAUGAUAAUGCAUCAACAGCAGAAGAUGAAAGUGUUGUGGAAAAGGGUAUUGGAGCUACCAGUGAAGAUGAAACGGAAGAUAAUAGUGCUGCAGAGGAGGAGGCUGAUGUUGGAGCUACAUCGGAACAGGAAUCUGAAAAAGAUCCUGCUGUGGAAGGCACUAGUGCAGAUGAGUCUGGGGCAGAUGACAUGGAAACAUCUGAAAGAGCCACAACUGAAGAGGAGAUUGCUGAAUGUAAGGAGAUUGCUGAUGAAACUGGAGAGAACAGUGGAUCAGAAGAGGCUGAAGUUGGAGCUACAUCUGAACAGGAAUCUGAAAAAGAUGCUGCUGUGGAAGGCACCAGUGCAGAUGAGUCUGGGACAGACGACAUAGAAACGUCUGAAAAAGCCACAACUGAAGAUGACAUUACUGAAAGUAAAGAGAUUGCCGCCACCAGUGAAGAUGAAAUUGCAGAAAAUAGUGCAGAAGAGGGGGCUGAUGUUGGAGCUACAUCGGAACAAGAAUCUGAAAAAGAUGCCUCUAUGGAAGGCACCAGUGAAGAUGAGUCUGGGGCAGACUACAUAGAAACAUCUGAAAAAGCCACAACUGAAGAUGAGAUUGCUGAAAGUAAAGAGAUUGCUGCCACCAGUGAAGAUGAAAUUGAUGAAAACAGUGCAGAAGAGGAGGCUGAUGUUGCAGCUACUUCCGAACAGGAAUCUGAAAAAGAUGCUGCUUUGGAAGGCACCAGUGCAGAUGAGUCUGGGACAGACGACAUAGAAACAUUGGAAAAAGCCACAACUGAAGAUGAGGUUGCUGAAAGUAAAGAGAUUGCUGCCACCAGUGAAGAUGAAAUUGAUGAAAACAGUGCAGAAGAGGAGGCUGAUGUUGGAGUUACAUCUAAAGAUGAUGCCACUGUGGAUGGACCCAGUGCUGAUGAGUCUGAGGAAAAUGACAUGGAAACAUCUGAAAAAGCAACAACUGAAGAAGAAAUUGCUGAAUGUAAGGAAUAUGCUGAUGAAGCUGGAGAAAAAAUUGCAGCAGAGGAGGUUGAUGUUGGAGCAACAUCUGAACAAGAAUCUGAAAAAGAUGCGUUGGAAAACACCAGUGCAGAUGACAUAGAAACAACUGAAAAAGCCGCAACUGAAGAUGAGGUUAUUGAAGAUAAGGAGAUUGCUGUCACCAGCGAAGAUGAAGCUGCUGUAGAAGGCACAAGUUCAGAAGAUGCCCUGGAAGCAGGGACAACUGAAGAUGAGACUGCUGGGGGUGAGGAGAUUGCUGCCACGAGCGAAGGAGAAAUGGAAGAAGAUGUUGAAGCCACCCAAGCCACAGUGGAAAGUGAAGAAGAUGUUGCAGAAAGAACUGAACAUGGAUCUGAUGAAGAGGAGGCCCUGGAAGAUGGGACAGUUGCAGAUGAUAUUCUUAAAGAUAAGGAGAUUCCUGCCAUAAGUGAAGAGGAAAUGGACGAAGAAGAUGAUGAAGCCACUGCAGCUGGAGUGGAAGAUAAAGGAGAAGAUUUGGCAGAAACAACUGACCAAGAAUCGGAAAAGGCUGUGGAGGCAGGGAUAACUGAAGAUCUGGAAGAAACUGCUGCUAGCACAGAUGAUGACUCAGCAGAAGGCACUGAUGCCACCACGAACAAUGAAGAAACCACAGAGGAGAAUGAUCACACAGUCGAAGUUAACGAUUCUUCAGAAGAACAAUCUGUAGAGGCAGCAACUGGAGAUGAGGUUUCUAUGGAAAAAGCUGUAACCUCUGACGAGGAUGACACCAAGGAUACUGAUGAGGUUAGUCCAGUUGCAGAAAAAGAAGAUUCAGCUGAAGAGGAAAUCAGUACAGCUGACAAUGAAGCAUGUGAAGAGGACAUAACCACAGAUGGAGAAGAACUUGUGGAAAAGGGAGCUAAUGUAGAAGCAGCUCCUGAAUUUGCAAAAGAAGAAAGCUCCAAAGCUGCCACUGAAAAUGAAUCAGCAGAUGUGAGUGAUGAAUCAGCAACAGAUGAAAAUGAAUCUGAAAACAAUGCGACAACAGACGCAAAUGACACUGCAGGAGAAGUGGAUUCUUCAAAAGUUAUUAACGAUGAUGGGGGAGAGGAAUUGGUGGACGCUGAAAACGAUCUGGAGGAGUCUGCUGAAAAUGAAAGUGAUGAGGAGUCAGAAGAUUGCACAGAGUCUGCAACAACAGGAGAUGAGACUGAAGAGAGAGAAACAGCACAAGAAAAAUCUUUAGGACCUGAAGUGACAGGAAACGAGGUAACUGAAGGGGAAGACUCCACUGAUAACCCAGGAGAUGAAUCUGCAGAAGAUAGCAGACAGAACCUUUCCGAUGGGGAGGAUGAAGAAGUUGUUGAGAAUGCUGUUAGUGAAUCGGAGACUGAUCCUGACCAAACUGAACAAAAAUCCGAAGAGAGUGAAAUGAUUGACAAGCAUCAAAAAGAUGCUUUAACUGAGACAAACGAUGAAACAGAAGGCCCUGAUGAUGUGGUGGAGCUUAAACCAGAUAAAGAGGAGGAGGAAGAGGAGGAAGCAUCAGAAAACAAUGAACAAAAAAGUGAUAACAAACCAACGGAAGAUGAAGAUGGAGAUACUGGGGAAAAUGUAACACAAUGUGAAUAUAUUUCCAUUCCAAAUGGAACCCAUGAUAAUGAUGAAGAUACUGAAGCCUCUAAAACUGAGGAGGAUGCCAAGACAUCCACUGAAGGCUGGCAUGGAAACCAGGGAGAGUCAGCUGAUGGAGAAGAUGAGGCAGAGGAAGAUUCGGAAGAACCCAAAGACGAAACGGAUGAAGGAGAGAAAGAGUUUGUUCCAAGAAAGACUGACACUCAAGAGGCAGCUAAAAAAGCAGCUAAAAAGACAACAUUGAUCCCACUUGAUUUGAUACAAAAACUAAAUGAGGAAUCUGAGGAAGGUGCUUACGCUGAUGUUGAAGACUCUGAAACUGACGGUAACAGCCAAGAAGAAGCUUCAAGCCUUGAGUCCAGAAGUUUGCAAAAGUAUUUGUCAUAAAACUGAUUGACUCUGCAAAGGUUCUGGGAAUCUUUUCAGGUUACAAGCAAUAUGCAGACUGAAGUCACUCACAAUGUCACAAUGUCAAGUUUCCAAGAGGUGACAAAAGAAGAACUGUUAAGAAAGAAGAAAUGUAGAUUUUUCUCUUCUCAUUUAAGUUUGUGUUAACCUAGCACUACAGAAAUGCAAGCACUUUCUCCUAUCAUUUGUAAUGCUAAUACUGUACACAAGAACAAACAGUACUGUUCAUACAGUUGUAUGAAAAGAGAAUCUUUAAUACUUGAAUGUAUAUAUUUUAUGUAGGUUUGAAUUUGUUUAUGAUCAACUAAAUGGGAUUGAUUUUUAUGCAAUAUAAGUCAUAGAGUAUUGGUUACAUGUUAUCUAAUCCAACUCUGUAGUACUGUAGUUUUUCCUCCAAAUUACUUAAGUGUAUUAACACCUUUUGUGCUGCUCAAAAUUGUUUUGCAGGACUAAGCCAGUCUGUGAAUGUUAUUUAUCUAAUCAAAAGCAUUAUUUAACAACUUUUGGUUCUAAGGGUAAAGUAAAGAAUAAUAUAUUUUUCUAGUUAAUAUUGUAUUCUUUCUGGAAAGCCAGAAAAUGCUGAUAUUAUUGUGCAGAAACCAUGUUGGUCAUGACUGAAUUCAAGUGCUGGAUCUAAAGAGCGGAACAGGAUGAUGGUUAACAUCAUUGUAUGUUUAUAUUUCCAUCAGGUUACUGAGCAAUAGCUUGAAUGGUCUCUAUAGCAGAUUACAAACAUAUCUGAAAGGCUUAAAUCAUUUGCUGAAUGUACUGUACUUAUUUUCUCUGUUAUUAAAUGAACUUUCAACCAAUUCUAGUUUUGUUGGACAAAUUAUAAACACAAACCAACACAGGUGCAGUAUCAAUAUGAGCUACAGAGGUGACACUGAACACUACCACUGGAGUCUGACAGUGU